AUGGCGACACUACAAAUCCCUGGCAGGUCAAAAGCUGCGGAAGAUGCAGCAAAAAUGCAAAGAGCGGUUCAAGAUGAGUGCGAGAAGUCUGGGAAACCGAUUCCGGACUACAACCUUACCGAAUUGAUCGGUAAGGGCAGCUUCGGUCGGGUGUACAAAGCCACAAGUACACAAGACGGCAAGGUCGUAGCUGUCAAGAUCAUUGACGUCGAUGAAAGUGACACAGUGAACCCCAAACUUGCCGACACGUAUUCUGAGUUUAUGAAAGAGGUCAACGCGCUACAGGUUCUGCGCGAAGGAGGUGCGAAGAACAUCAACAAUGUUCUGGAGGCACUUCCAGUCGGGCGUGCCAUGUGGAUGGUCACGGAGUAUUGCGCUGGAGGAAGCGUUGCGACUCUGAUGAAACCCACCGCUCCCGGCGGUCUACAAGAGAAGUGGAUUGUGCCUAUUCUAAGAGAGGUGGCUGUUGCAAUUUUCUGGGUCCACAAGCAGGGGAUCAUACAUCGGGACAUCAAAUGUGCGAAUGUCCUGGUUACCGAAGAGGGGGGUGUCCAGCUAUGCGAUUUUGGUGUCGCCGGGAUGAUGGAGUCGAAGUUUGACAAGAGGUCAACCUUCAUUGGCACCCCCCACUGGAUGGCCCCUGAACUUUUCGAUGCAAAUGCAUCAUACGGAGUUGAGGUUGAUAUUUGGGCGUUUGGUUCAAUGGUUUUUGAAAUUGCAUCUGGUUUACCGCCCAACGUCAACGCUAAUGUUGGCCUCCCACAGUUUGGAGGCUUUUUACGAGAACAUAUCCCGAGGUUGGAGGGACCACAGUACUCAGCAGACCUGAAAAGUCUCGUCGCCUUCUGUCUGGAGGAAUCUCCAAAGCGACGCCCGACCAUCGAGCAGGUCCAAGACCACCCUUUCCUUCAAGGCACAGAGGCCAGAUACCCGGCAUCUUCGCUUGCAGCAUUGGUCAGAGCAUACAAGCUUUGGGAAGAGCGUGGUGGUAGCCGCAAGUCUCUGUUCAACCCUAUGAUUGGAGCACAAGGCCCAUCCGAGUUCUCUUCAACAUCUAUGGACACAGACGAAUGGAACUUUAGUACGACGCUGGCUUUUGACGAACGAAUUCACGAUGGCUUUGAUGGGCAGACUGAGUUCGAAGCGGUCAGAGACGUGUAUGGCUCUGAGAUUGACUUUCCGGGAGAUUUCGCAGAAGACACACAACGUCCGAAGCCAAAGGGGAGACGCCGGCCGCCUCCUCAAGCUCUGGCAGCUAUGAAAGCCCCCUUGGAGAAGGUCUUUGACCCGAACACGAUCUCCAGCUAUAACGAGAACUCCCAAGCCUACUAUGGCCACCCUCCUAUGCCGCCCGCAGCUUCUGAUUUACCCUUACGCGAUGAUUCCUUGCACAAUACCCUUCGAGAAUCACUCAUCGACCUUGAUGCUUCACUGGGUGGAGGAGAGCUGUCUCAAUUUGCUGCCAUGGACACUAUCAAGCCUCGGCCUGGUGCUCGUGCUUCCAUGGACAAUGAUUGGACUUUUGGCUCUGCGACAGACUCCCAGUACAGUCGCGCACCUCUCAGCGACCCAGCCGAGCUUAACGGUGGCAGAAGCGGACCGAAUUGGCAGUGGCCUACAAGCAUUCCGCCCGCAUCUGCAGCCCCUGAGAUGACUCAUUUCACAUUCGACGACGAGCGUCCCGCGCUCAUCCACCAGCAGACUGAACCAGCUGGACUCCCGUCUCAGGGCUAUGAACUUCAGGUCCCCCGUUCCACCAACAACGACCGCAUGUCCUUGUCCAGCUUGAUCGAUCUCGACGAGGGCCUCGUGGAGCCAGGCAUGCCGGAGCUUACUCGACCUUCUACCGCGAACUCAGAUGUGCCAUCGAUGACUGGUUCGGAGCUUGGCGGUGGCGCCAACCCCUUCGAGCUCGAGAAGCACGCGUCUGUAUACGCUCCCCUACCCCUGACCAAUCGCGAGCCGUCCAUCUACGUCUCGGAUGCCUCGGAAUUCGUCGCCAGUCUCGCCAACGCAGACAAAGCCGAGCGGCCGGAGGAGCCCUCGGACUACGCCGUCACUCGCCGCCAGAGCAACGUCUACUCCAAUGGAGUGAGUGCCGGGGUGGCGCCGGUUGACCCGCCCUCGGCCCGGAUCAUGGAGGGGCGAGCAGGUGCUGGGGAGGUGGCGGAGGAGAUGAGGCGGCUGGUGGCCGGGCUGUCGGAGCACCUGGCGGCGAUCGGGGGACAGGUGGCUUCCCUGGAGCCACGACGGUCGUCCAGGCUCUCGGGUAAUGGUAGAAUCAGCGAGCGCAGUGACGAGGAGACAAUGGACUGA